GAUUUAGUAUGUACCCCGACGCCAUGUUGAUCCACUGACAGCAGAGUGCAGCAGCAAAAAGUGUCCGACGCGGGACAACAAACUACAUCCGGUCCUCCAAACCGGCCGGAACACUAAUGACCACGCGUUACCAUGGAGACAAACAUAAACUGUGAGUAACGUUAGCUAAUGGAGCGGACUGUUGAGUGAUAUUUAUCAGAUUAGGCAACUAACAAACUGCCACUAAGCUUACAACAAAACAUAAAAUAUUACUUUGGUUUCUUCUGCUCGCUUUUUUGGUCUAUUUUUUGCGAAUUUCAAGGAACAAUGGAAGGUAAAUUUGUGACAGCAACUCAAGUACAAGGAAGAGAUGCCCAGAAAACUUCUGCUAUUACAAAGGAUGCAGCUCAAGAUGACUUGGAAAAUGGCAAGCAAAUGGAAAGCUCACCUCAAGAGAAAAAGGAAAAAUAUUCUGGGCCACGAAUGACCAAGAAAUUCCUGAAAGACCACUGUAAGCAGAAUAAACUUUACUCCACACCUUGCCUGAAUGAUACACUGUAUCUGCAUUUUAAAGGUUUCUCCACCAUUGAGAACUUAGAGGAGUACACAGGACUGAAGUGUCUCUGGCUGGAAAGUAAUGGCCUCCAGCGCAUUGAGAACCUGGAUGCCCAGACCGAUCUACGCUGUUUGUUCCUUCAGCAGAACCUCAUACACACGCUGGAAAACCUGGAACCUCUGAAAAAGCUCUGCACCCUGAAUGUCUCCAACAACUACAUACACGUCAUAGAGAACAUCUCCUGCCUUGCUGAGCUGAGCACUCUGCAGAUUGCUCAUAAUAAACUGGAAACUGUGAGGGACAUUGAGCAUUUAAGUCAGUGUCCAGCCAUUAGUGUGUUGGACAUGUCUCACAACCUGUUAUGUGACCCAGAGAUCCUUCCUGUGCUGGAGGCUAUGACAGAGCUAAGAGUCCUCAAUCUGAUGGGAAAUGAGGUCGUGAAAAAAGUCCCAAACUACAGAAAGACCAUGAUCGUGCGCCUCAAGCAGCUCACUUUCCUUGAUGAUCGCCCCGUGUUUCCCAAAGACAGGGCUUGUGCAGAGGCUUGGGCAGUGGGAGGGCUGGAAGGGGAGCGCAAGGAGAGAGAGCAGUGGGAAACACGAGAGAGGAGGAAAAUUCAGGACAGCUUGGAGGGAAUGGCGAUGAUUCGAAAAAAGGCUCUGGAGAGACGACGCCUUCGAGAGCUACAGGAGAAAGGGGAAACUGAUGCUCCCAGCACUCCAGAGACUCCUUGUGAGGAAAACAACACUCAGAUUUUGGCUUCUUCCCAAGAUGAGAAGAUCGAAGCUUUUGUGCAGGACUGUCUGGAUGCUCAUGAAGAGUUUUUGCAGUGUCAGUCAAACCAGGACCUCAACGAACAUCAGCCAAACAGCGAACAUGGAGAAUCAGGGCAGCUAGGUCAAGUACUGCAGACAGAGCAGGAAGAGAAACAUGAACAGGACCAAUCAGAGAUAAAGCAGUCUGUGAGAGAAGAGAAAGAAAGUGUGAAUCCAGAGGAGUCAGCACAAGAGCACGAAAGUGCAGUUGGAAAUAUCUUAGAGACAGAGAUAGUAGAAGAUAAUAAGCAACAAGACCAGCCACGUGGAAUCCAGUUCAUGAGAAAUGACAAAGUGAGAGAGCAGUGGGAGAACAAACAGCCUCCUCUGGUCAGGGCAAUUCCUUCUAAAGCAGACGAGGUCCUACAUGUCCCUGGACCACUGGUUACAGAGCUGGAGAACGCAGAGCAGCUGGAAACCAUUCAGCUCCCACUAAGUCGUGAGCUACGUAUUGAUGACCUGCCUGACUUGGAGGAAAUAGAAACAGAAGAUUUUCCUGGAAUUCUCUCGUCUCAGCAGGUGUUCAAACCAAAAAUAGAAGUACUAUCAGGAGGCAGUGAUGACGAAGAACCAAUGGGUAUUGAGAGUAACAGCAUCUCCACCUUUGGUCCAGAUAAAAAGUCUUUGUUCUUAAUGAGUGACUGUAACAAAUCAACUGGUGUCUCUUGCAAUUCGUCACUGGUUUAUCCAGAGGAUGAGGACGAUGCCAUUUCCGUCCACGAAAAAUCCAAAACAAAACAAACCUCAUCUCCAUCACGAUGCCUGAUUGAAGAGCUCGACUAAUGCUUUCAAAUUUGAGAGCAUUUUUAGCUAGAUAGGCCCUGCCUGAAAAGCAGCAGCUUUAGAUAAAAUGUAACGCGGACAACCACAAAAUUGUCACACAUUAGGAGCUCAGUCAGGGCACAUCUUUAAUUUUAAAAAAUAACUAUUUAGCCUGUGAAAAUAGUGAGAAGUAAUUAAUUGUUUAACAUAUGUGCUAAAGAAUUUCACAGCCAUUGUGUUGUAUGAUUGUCAUUAUUCUGUGGUAACAAUAAAUCGUAACUUUAUGUAGUUGGUGUUCUUUGAGAAAAAAAAAAGCUUUGUCAGCUAAUAACAUAUCUGAUAAUAUUCCUCUGUAAAAACUUUGACAUCAGCAUUAAGCAGAUAUGAUUUAAAAAUGUAUCCAGUUUAAUUUUUUUUUUUAAAUGAAAAAAAAAGCUUAAAUUCAUAAAGCAUUUGGUAAAUGUGUGACAGAUAUGUUUCUUCUUUACAGAACAGUAAAAUGAUAAUAAUGUGUUCAUUCUAUUAAAGGACCAGUAUGCACCUCCC